ACUCCCCACAGCGGCACAAUCAGGAGGGAAACCAAUUUUUUUCGUUUUAAAGUUAAAAAACACAUUUUAUUUAAUUUAUUUUAUCUAUUUUUCCACUUUAUUAUUCAUCCCGUUUCGCUCCUCCAGUUAUUCUUCCCUAUGCUUCCGAUACGACACCGCUUAUCGUCGAUUUGAAAUCUCACCUCUAGAUCGAUUUAGAGCAUGCGUUUUGGUAGAUAAACUGUUUUUCUGAUUACUGAAUGGCAAAAGUAGCUACACCAAGUGCUAUGCCUCCGAAUUCUCAUGGAAUUUCAUCAGUGCCUCUUAAAGGUGUUUCUAUUGCUAAAAGAAAGACACCUUCUCAACUUAGGGGAGAGCAAUUGAAGCGGGAGAGUGUUGUGGACCUUACUGAUCAAUCUUCUCAAUCUACGGGUUCAAUAAAUGCUACGGAGGCUGAUAAUAGAUUUAAAAAACCAGGAUUGUUUAAGGCCCCGAGAUAUAAUGACACGCGGCUUGAUGAAGUAUUUGCUGCCAAAAAGCCGAGGUUUAGAAUUGCAACUGGGAAGGAAAAUGUAAAGGAAAAUCCAUCUAUGGAGCAAACUAGUAAUCUAAAGAAUGCUUCAAUUUUUUCUAUUUCGGCAGUUAAGAGACAGCAAGGGGUUUCAUGCUCGGAGAAUUCUGCUGCCUCCGGAGAGGUUACCGAAGACAGUGUCUUGCAGGCUGGUGAAACCAAAAAAAAGUACACCCAAGGGAAGUUUCUUAGCGUUGCUGACCUUUCAUCAUCUGUUGAUAGAUCUUCUGGAGUAGCAGCUAUUGACAUGGGAAAAGCAUUGAAAGGAAUAGCCUCACUUGGACCUCGCGCUGAUAAUGGAUUAGCUGCUGAUUCACCUAAAAGCGGUGGAGACUCAGGACCAACCAUUGCAGGAAAUUCCUUUUCUGAAUGUCAUAUACCUGGCAAGAAGGCUCCUUUGGAUCUCACUCUUAAAACCAGUAUGCGAAUAGUAUCCUCUGCUUCUGUGAAUUGGAAUGAAAAUAUCAGGGGUUCCCAGGGAUUCAAACUUUUGCAUUCGUGGAUGUAUCCCCAAUCCAUUCUUCCACCUUCUAUCAUAUCAGUCUUGAGCUCAUCAACUGCAGAAGGAGAAUUGGAGUUCUUGAGGAAACGGCAAGUGGCUUGGGAAGAAUCCUUUCGGGACCUCUAUUACAUGCUUCGGAAGAACAUCUGUGGCCUCUUUUAUGUUUGCACUUCCCAGUUUGUGGUGAUGUUCACUGGUGGUGAUGGCUCUGGAAAAUCCAAUUGCUCGUGCAAUGCUUAUAUUUCUCAGUCAACCAGAGGUUUGAGAUCAUUGUUAAGAGAGCAUGAUCUUUGUUUCUCUAUGCCGCUUUGCCGUUCAAAAGUGGAGCAAGUAACUACUGAGGAUUUGGUUGAGCUGUCAGAGAUAGAGAAGCAAAACUUGGGGCAGACCCGGCGCUCAAGGUCAUUCUCUGAUGUUGAUAAUAGCCCAGAAUCUUUGCUGGUUUUCAGCGGCAACAACAAUGUGCAUGGUUUAUAUGACCUAUUAUUUAAUUACAGAACUCUCUUGACCUCAUUGUCUGGUGUGGACGUGCCUGUCUUGUGUUCUCCUGUACCGUUUCAAAGUUCUGCUAUGACUUCUCCUGAUAUUAAAUGUAUGGAGAUGAGAAGGGCUGAAGAUAUUGCAGCUAAUAAUGGGUCUAUUUGGAAAGAUAACGAGUUUGCACAAGGGUCAUCAGAUGGCCUUUUUUGUAGCAUUGAAAUUAAGGAUACACUCAUUCCACCUUGGAUUAUCUGCAGAAUAUGUGCAUUGAUGGGCUCCAAAGGAAGCAGUUUUGAGGCAAGUUUUGUGACCGAACCGGUCUCAAUUGGCUUGAAUGUUGCUUUGAAAUCAACUGGUGAAAAGUCUGAAUCAAAAGCUGCCGACAGUGAAAGCUUGCGAAACUCCGAUAAUUCCUUUGGCAUUCCAGAAGCAACUGUUACGUCUAACCUAUAUUCAUGUACACUAAAAAGUGUAAAGUAUUGUGAUGGUUCAUAUAUAGCAUCUCUAUCCCCUGUAUAAUCAUAUCAAAAUUAGUAACUUAUUUUCAUCCCAUUGAUGCCUAAUUUAUUUAAAUGCUUACCCUUCCGAUUAGGCUCUCUCGAAAAUGAACAACGGGUGAUGUUGUGCAUCCAAAACGGCAAGAACGUGUGGGCCACAAGUCAGUUAUUUGUAAUAUCUAUGUGAAAUAUGAUUCCCAUCAUUUGGGACAUUUUGAAUACAUCAUUUCUAUAUAAUUUGUGUUAUUUGAA